UGUACAGGCAUUAUAAAUGACAUUGCAACCAAGCAAGCGUUACAAUGAUCAAUUGUUCUCUCAAUUCUCUGCCUACAUCUCCCUUGCUUUGAUCAGAAUACAUAGAGAUCAGGAGGGUUUUAUGGGGAGUUCUGAAGAUCGUUUUGCGGGGUUCAAGAAUUUAGGUUUUAAGGGGAGUCGGGAAGAUCGUUUUGCAGGGUUAAAAAAUAUAGCACCCAAUUGUGAACGGAUGCAGCAGCCCAAUAAUACUAGAAGUCCAAUAUUAGAUGUCAAAUCAGAAACAUUGGCAGUCGAGGGUCCAAGUUGCGAAAAACCUUUUCAUGCGCUUGCAAACUUGACAGUCGGUACUGCAGAAAUUGCUGCUGCUGCUGAGAAGGGAUUUAACGCUGGUGCAAAUUCCCCAGUACAGAAAAAUAGAAAAUCCAACAAGAAGACCCGCAAUAAAAGACAACUGAAAAAAGUUGCUGCUGCUGCUGCUGAUAGGAACUACACACCGCCUAAAAGUGUGGAAAAACGUAAACGCGCAUGUGACACUGACUCUGACUCGAAGGAUGAUCCCCCUAGAUCAAAGAAAUCUAAGGUUGUCGUCAAUCGUCCUUUGAAAUUCAAUAAGUAGUACUUAGUAGUAAGUGAAUUGAUCCACAUGUAUCCUACCCAAAAAAGGUGCCUCCUUUAGCAAAUAAUUUUCAUUCACAAGGAUCUUCUUGAUCCUGUUACUAAUUAGUUGCUGCAUGUUUUCUUUGAUCUAGUUAUACUGUUGGAUAAUAAAGGAUUUAUCAUUUUCACCCUUUGAUCA